AUGAUGCAUUCAGCAUUGGCUUUGUCACUCCUGCUAAUCGCAGUAUCUUCCAACCUCGCGAUGGCAAUCAAAAAGGAAAAAAGAGCUCCCCAGACGCUGUCGAGAGGCUGGGGAGAUGAUAUUACUUGGGUGCAAACCUAUGAAGAAGGGCUUUUUCAAGCAAGAAAAAGUAACAAACCACUGAUGGUCAUUCAUCAUCUGGAGGACUGUCAAUACUGCCAAGCACUGAAGAAGGUUUUUGCAGAAAAUGAGGAAAUACAAGAAAUGGCUCAAAAUAACUUCAUCAUGCUAAAUCUCAUGCAUGAAACCACAGAUAAGAACUUGUCACCUGAUGGACAAUAUGUACCUCGAAUCAUGUUUGUAGACCCCUCUCUCACAGUAAGAGCUGAUAUCACUGGAAGAUAUUCUAAUCGACUCUAUACUUACGAACCACAAGACAUACCAUUCUUGAUAGAGAACAUGAAGAAAGCAUUACGCCUUAUUCAGACUGAACUGUAA